AUGGAGCUGGAGGAUGGGAAGAGCGAGUAUGACCACUCACACUUUAACCGAUGCAUUGCGCGUGAUGAACUGAUGAGCACCUGGAAUCUUAACGAGGCUGAUAGUCGUACCAUUGGAGUAAUAUCUAUAAAGACACGAAGAAAAAAAAAUAAUAAUAAGGCCCGUUGGGAAAUGGGAGAACGAAUGAGUUGGGUCAACAAGUCCGGCUCUGAGUUGUUGGAGAAGAAGUGCAAGGAUCUCGACAAGACCAAGUCUCGUGCGCCCUUCUGCGAGGGAUGGAGUGAGCGGUGUACGUCUGAUCGUACAGGUGUGGGGGGUAUUCUGCCAAAGUGA